CGAUCCAUCAAUCAUCCAGUCAUCCAUCCACCCCAAAGAAGUUUCUUUUUUCUCGCUUAUUGCCCGAUACAACACCCUCUCUUGUUCCGAUACCCGGCAUUGGCGUUAGAUGACCCUGGAUUUUGACUUUUACACCUUCCACAUCUGCCUCCUACCAGGAUUAAGUUGUCUCCCCCAACUAAUUUCAGGAACGUCCAUCUUUCCAAUAUGUAAGAAGGAGGAACAGAAUGUUACCUUUCUCCAAAUCAUCGUCGUCUUGCCCAUCAAUACCCCCAGUCCAAGCAUGCCGUCCAGAAAAAAAGAUGGCUAAUUCGGGACUCAAAAUCCCCAAUUUCUGCGCGUCAGCGUUCCAUUUCGUUGAUCUAUACAGCGUCAGUGGAUGUUUAUCCCGUCCACACAAAACAUCAUGCGGCUCCUUGAACUUAUUCUGGCUUCCAUUUCAACGGAACGGCGGCUAUGCAAGGUACAAGAUCUCAUCUUCUUGGAAAGAAAGGAGUCGAAUGAAUGCACCGCGCCAAAGUUAGAACCAAGAAACGCAGAUUGACUUCGAUGACACUCGAAUAUUCGAACUGCCGUACUACUUCCCUUCCCCUAGUUCCGGCAUGAUCUUCCUCGAGCUCUCCGGCGCCAACUGACUAUCCAGGGAGCGAGAGAAUUUAUGUGUCGCCUGCCCUAUAUCACACAGAGGAUCACCAGGUCGGUGACCAUCAGCUUGGUGUUGAUCCCACAUUACGGGCGUGUUAAAGUGGGACGGAAUAUCCCAUAGACAUCUUAUUCAGACAACCACCACUCCAGCCCUGCCGUCUGUCUUCCUUCAAAAUCUGAAACAGCCGCGCUGGGGGGAAGUCUGGACAAUGACUUCAUUGGCUACACCAAACCUAACCCGUUACAUAGCCAGCAUUACUAUGCUACCUAUGUAUCUACCUACGUCAAGUGCUCCCUCAAAAAAAGCAACCGGGGACAAGGGUAGCACAUGGCAACCUGCAGUCAAGUUGCCCUUCCACACCAUUCAUGUAGUUGAUGACCAUUGGAUCAUUUUUACUAUUGCACCUCUCUCUGUUACUACAAAGAUACAUCGUCCGUUACCUCGAUUUGCUUCAGUCUGAAAGUAGUACAUGCUUGUUGGGAAAUCUGGAAGCGAGGAGGGAGCCGCUUACAUCAUACACGUUUUAUAACGAGGAUGGAUACCUUUCUACACAACAUCCAAAAUACUGGGGACCAAUGAAACAGCCGUGUGCUAUUUGUGAAGCCACAGUACGUACCGGCGUUGGGAAGGUCCGUUGUCAGUUACCUGCUGCCGAGAUUCAAUGUUCAACUGAAUGGAUCUGCGGACCGUCUGUCACACAGCUCAUAUCCAAGUAAGGUAUCCAGCUCUCACCUCUCUCAAGGUGAGAGUAGUUUCUCGGACUUACUUGAAAACUCAAGCAACGCACACAUUACAUUACAUAUGUAAGAUGAAAAGAAAAGCAGUCAAAUACACAGGUUCCUCCACAAAGCAACGAAGACUCCAGACGCCGGCCGCUCUGCGCCACUGCUGAAGCCUCAAGCCUCAAAAGCCUCCCGCAAUCCCGUUUCCAUCAGGGUGGAAUCUUGAUCAAGCCCAUGCAUGCCCACUGAAUGGUCAGAUUAGACGCGGCGUGGCGGCUGAUUGUAUACAUCGAUACGCAAAGAUAAGUAGAUGGGUGGAUGGAUGGCUCUGCGGUUCAAACUGUGGCUUUCGGUUCGGGCUUCCCUCCUUCCUUCCGUUGAAGUUCCGUGGGGCGUAGGGCGCAGCCAAGCCAUGAUGGAGGGAGGUAUAUCGGAACAAGCCGUCAGUGUACACUUGGGGAAGUAAGUGGGUUUCUUCCGGGAGCUUUAGUUGUGGCUCUGUGGCUUAUUUCAGUCCUCUCAAGUCCUCCACCCCACGAUUGUGUAACCAUCUAGCUUAUAUG